AUGAACUUCACACUGAUUUUAGUUACAAAUCCUUUCAUCUUCGGCUUAUCACUUUUCGUACUGGGUUUAGAGCAAAAGUUUCAGACUAUAACUCAUCAUCAAUCUCAACCUGAGUUAUUGGAAGGGUCAACAAGUCUUGCGACAAAAGGGCCUUUUUCUGAUCCAAACGGUAUUAAUGACCAUUGCAGUUCAUCAUCGGAAUUAAGACAAAGACCAUAUUUAGAAUUUUUUACCACUAGCCAUUCAAUCUCAAUUUUUUCCAAAAAUUCUCGAAUAACAAAACUGGCUCAAAAGAUUGUAGAGCUGACAAAAUCUCUUGUACCAUCUUUGGAGUCAUGGGAGAUUUUCUUUGAAAGGAAUGAACUUUUGGUGACCGAUUGUCUUGAGCUUGCUGAAAAAGCUUUGCAAUCCAAUAAUGAUUUUAAUGAAAGUGAGAGACUCUGGGUCGUCGGAAUCGUGGCGGCACUCUCUUUACCAGACCAUCUCAAAGGAACCAUCUCUGAAAGGUCUAUUGGUUUUUAUCAUUGGAGUCCACAGGUCUUCCUCGAGAUCCAAGCCACACAAAGAUAUGAGCCAUUUAUGACAGCCAAAUUUAUGUCAAUCUGGCUUGAUGGAAAACCACUUCCAAGGGAUAAUGAAGAGUUGAAUGAGGGUCUGAAAAGGGCCGAAUUAUUUGGGAAAUUAAUGAAAGGAAGUUCUCAAAAAAUUCCAGCAAAAAUCAUACACAUUCAACUUUUAAAACUCGAGCUUCCUACAAACCAGUCAGAGAUCGAAAAGAUGAUAAACCACUUUAGAUCUAAUUUUAAAAAUGGUACAGUCUUGGAUCGGAAUGUGUUUGUUCUAGGUUCAUUAUUUCAACAUUUAUUGGAACAUUCAUCUCAAAUCCGUGCAACAAUUCAACAACACAUUCAAGAUUACGAUUUCUUUAAGGAUAUCAAUAGACCUUAUGCACAGAAAGAUCUUUUGGAUGUUUUAAAAAAUCCUGCAAGCCCAAAGUCUAUACUAAAUUUCUCUGAAAUUUUAAGACAGGUUGUAAUGGGAAUGAACUUGAAUAAAAUUCAUUCUAUUGAGUUCAUUGUUUAUACUAUCUUGGACAUCUUUGCAAAAGGGGAAUCGGUUUAUGAAAAAGAACAGAUUCAACUAUCACAUAAAGUCUUGCUAGCUUUUUGUUUCAUGGUACCAUCUGCGGAAGAAUAUCUCAUUGACCAUUUUAUUGAAAAAGAAGCUAAUGUCCCAGAGUACCUGACUCAUGUAAAUCCAAGUUAUCUUAAAGAUGCAAGAUGUCAACUAUCAGCACAAAACAUGCUUCAAUCCAAAUCUGAUCUUGUAAAAGAGAUGGGUUCAUUUUUAAAACUUUUGCCAAGAAGUUCAGGAAGAGAGAUCUACUUAGAUAAUCAACUUCAUCAAUCAAUUUACAAAGAAUAUGAUAAGGUUGAAAGUACUUUACAAAAGGUUCUUGGAACUGCUCAUAUGGUUGAAGCACAUUUGGAAAUGUGUUUUGAGUUUCUUUUCCAUUUGACAGAACACAAGGAGAUAUGGAAAGAGAUCCUCUUGAAUAGGAUUCAUGACAAACUUGAGUUUAGAGAGGUAAUGGUGUCUGGAGCAAGGAAGCUACUUACCACAAACCGUGAAUCUUGGAAGCAGACACCCAAGAGCUAUCAUGUAAACAAGGACAUCCUCCAUGCUUUUGUGAGGAGAAUACUAUUUUACUGUAAUCAGCUCUGGGAGGAAACCACUCCAUGGAAUGGCCAUCCUUCUCAUCUUAUAAAAAAUCCAAGAUGGCUGAACCAAGACAAACCAAUCACAAUCAACCUGUUUGGUCAGAAUUUCUUACUACAAGAAGUGAACACGAGUUCUGGAAAAAAAGGAACCUAA